CAGUAUCGUGAUUAGAGAUGUCAUUUGGAGGAGGAAGUCCCGGUAGGGAGUCAACAAAGACCACAACAUCAGCUGAUGAAUCUCUCUUGCCGAGAGACUACAGUCUCGUGAGUUUGGCGUCCAGCACAAGCCAAGAUGAGAACUUCUGUUCCCGAGAUCACGGCGAUCUCACACUCAAGAGAAUGCAAUACUAUCUGGAGAGCCAGAAGCUCUGCGACGUGGUGCUGAUUGCUGGUGUGGAUGGAAAGAGAGUACCAGCACAUCGACUCGUCCUGUCGGCAGUCAGUGCGUACUUCGACGCAAUGUUCACAGGCAGUCUGAGGGAGGCGCAGGAGCAGGAGAUCACUCUUGGCGAAGUCACGGGCACUGCCCUUCAACUUCUGGUGCAGUACUGUUAUACAGGGACAAUCGAACUGCGUGAAGACACCGUGGAGACCCUCUUGAGCACCGCAAGUCUUCUGCAAUUGGGCGCCGUGGUGAAUGCUUGCUGCACUUUCCUAGGACGUCAGCUUCAUCCCUCCAACUGCUUGGGAUUCGCUCUGUUCGCCGAGCAGCAGAGUUGUGACACACUGCUCAAAGUGGCCACGGAGUACACGUGCGAGCACUUUGUCCAGGUAUGCAGGAAUCAGGAGUUCUUCCAGCUAUCGGCUGAGCAACUGGGAAAAUUGCUGGCCAGCGACAAUCUCAAUGUGCCAUCUGAGCAGGACGUGUUCCACGCGUUGCUUGCGUGGAUUCAGCACGAUUCCAAGAACAGAGAGAAGCACAUUCCAGAUCUUCUAGCACUGAUACGGCUUCCUCUGCUUCAUCCGGCGUUCAUCGCCGAUCAUGUGGAGUCCCUGUGCGAGAGCACAAACUGCCAGGAGUUGGUGAUGGAAGCCCUCAAGUGGCACCUCUUGCCGGAGCGUCGCGCCCUGAUCGCCAGCCAGAGAGCACGUCCGCGAAAGUCAACAAUGGGAAAGUUGUUGGCUGUGGGCGGCAUGGAUGCUCACAAGGGUUCAAUAAGCAUCGAGAGCUACUGUCCACGCCUCGACAAGUGGAGUCUUGUGAAGAAUAUGACUGCCAGGCGGCUCCAAUUUGGCGUGGCCGUGAUGGACAACCGACUGAUUAUUGUGGGUGGACGCGAUGGCCUAAAGACUCUUAAUACAGUGGAGAGUCUUGAUCUCACAACCAUGGCGUGGAGCAAUCUCCCACCGAUGAUAACGAAUCGCCAUGGAUUGUGCGCUGCAGUCCUCGGGGGUCCUCUCUAUGUGAUUGGUGGUCAUGACGGUUGGAGUUUCUUGAACACAGCAGAGCGAUGGGAUCCCAGCACCAGAACUUGGAGCAGCGUGGCUCCGAUGACAACUAUGCGGUCUACAGCUGGAGUAGCAGUGCUCGGAGGACAUCUGUACGUGGUUGGUGGGCGAGAUGGCAGCGGAUGUCACAGGUCAGUUGAGCGCUACGAUCCGCACACGAACAAGUGGAGUCUCCGGGCUGCUAUGGUGAAGCGUCGAGCUGGUGUUGGAGUGACAGCAGCAAAUUUUUACAUCUAUGCUCUCGGCGGACACGAGAAUUCUGCUAAUAAUCCCUCAGCAUCGCGCACGGAGACGGUGGAGAGAUAUGAUCCUGGAACGGAUACGUGGACCCUCGUGGCGUCGCUCAAUGUUGGACGGGAUUCCAUUGGAGUGGCUCUUCUGGGCGAGAGAAUUCUAUCCGUUGGAGGAUACGAUGGGAAUCAAUAUUUAAAGACUGUCGAGCAAUACGAUCCGGAAUCUAAUGAGUGGUCCCAAUUGGCCUCUCUGAACUUCAGUCGAGCUGGAGCCUGUGUGGUGGCCAUUCCCAACACAGCGGUUGUACCCGCGACGAGCAAUACAAAGUGGAGACCUGUUAGAUUUCUACCCUGCUAUGGGCGUCAAGUAAAAAUUUACGAUCACUAUGUUUAAAAAUCGAACUGUAAUCAAGAGCGUAGAGCUGAAUAUUAAAGAAAGAACAAUACUAGA